CCAGGCGCUAUAACGUUUUGAAGGUCGCUGAUCAUGUGUGUUUGAGAUGGAUUUUAGUAAUUUGCACUGCUUUGUGGGAAAGGGUAUGAUUUCUACUGCAUCCUCUGCCACCAUAAAUACAAAUACCAGUGAACGAGAUUGUAAAAUUGGUCAGCUGCAAUAUCAGCAACAACAGUUGCUCCGUCAAAGUACUCCUUACAAUUUCAGUUCUUGGGAUUGGAAUGCUGUGAAUAUCAUGAAUAAUAAUAAUAAUAAUAAUAAUAAUAAUAAUAAUAAUAAUAAUAAUAAUAAUAAUAAUAAUAAUAAUAACAAUAAUAAUAAUAAUAACAAUAAUAAUAAUAUUGUUAACGGGACUCAACAACCAAUUUGCAAACCUUUGUUUCCUGAAAAUGACGUCAUGAAGAUGAUCAAUUUUAUAAAACAGGAAAAUUAUGCUCCUACAAUGAUUAAUUCAGCCAGCUUCAGUCAUGAAAAUAAUAAUAAACAAGGGUUUGUACGGGAAACUCAACCGUCAUUGAAUAAAUUAAUUGAAAUGGGCUAUCCAAAUCAGCAUUGCCCUUAUCCUUUAGAUCAUUUACAUUCACAAUUUCAAUUCAAUCAAAGUAGAUGCUCAUCAACUACAACACGAUAUAAAGAACCAACUGUUCGUAAUGAAGAAAAUCCUGUUUAUUCUGAAGCUGAUAAUAAAUCAAGCAUUCAAGAGGAUCCAUCAUCAAUGGAUAAGAACAACAAUUGUAAAAGCGAAAAGUUCGCAUGUGAACAUUGUGAAAAGAAAUUCAAGACAAAGUCUUAUUUGAAUGAACAUGUGAAAGUUAUUCAUGAAGGUAUUUUAAUUCAAUGUGAUGAAUGUGGCGAUGGAUUCAAGUCUACUAGUUCACUUAAAAAUCAUAUAAAUUUAGUGCACAAAGGUUUGGGAUUUCAAUGUCAUUAUUGUAAUAAAGUGUUUACACAGAGACAUACCUUAAUAAUACAUGAAGAAUGUGUUCAUAAAGGUAUCAAAAUAUCAUGUAAUCAUUGUAGCAAAAAAUUUGCAUCUCGAUGGUAUUUAAAAGAACACAUCACAAUCGUCCAUGAAGGUAAUUUACUAAAAUGUGAACUUUGUGGUCGGUCAUUCAAUUCACAUUGUGCAUUACGUUAUCAUUCUAAUAUUGUUCAUAAAGAUCAUAAAUUCCAAUGUCCACAUUGUCCCAAGACUUUUCGUUUGAAAAAAUACUUAGAAGGUCAUGUAAAACGAGUUCAUGCUAAUUUGGGUAAAGGAAAUACGCAAACAGUUUAA